AUGGAUAAAAGGCAAUGGGCCUAUGCAAAAAAGGAAUCUGAUCUUAAUGGAGCUCAAGCCAGACUUCAAGAGUUUGAAGCAGCCCUCAAUUCUAAAGAAGCUGCACUGGCUACAGCCCUUGGUGAUAAGAAAAGUCUGGAGGGACAAGUUAAGGAUUUAAAAGAUCAAAUUGCACAGCUUGAAAUUUCUUGCACUGCUGCCAAGGAACAGCUUGCAAACGAAACCUUACAGAAGGUAGAUCUUGAAAACCGUUGUCAGAGUCUCAUUGAGGACUUGGAAUUCCGUAAAAAUAUGUAUGAGGAGGAAAUCAAUGAAACAAGAAGGAAACAAGAAACUUGCGUAGUUGAAGUUGAUUCUGGGCAUCAAAUUGAAUAUGAACAUAAACUGGCACAAGCCCUUCAUGAAAUAAGAGAGCAGCAUGAUGGACAAGUGAAGCUGUACAAAAAGGAGCUUGAACAGACUUACAAUGCCAAACUUGACAAUGCUAGACUGUCCUAUGAGAUGAGCAGUUCUUCGGCCAACUCAGUAAGAGAAGAACUGCAGGAAAGUCGCAUACGAAUUGAUAAUCUGUCUUCCCAUCUCAGCAGCCUUCAGGAAGAGACUAGAGCAUGGCAAGGUAGAGUGCAAGAGCUUGAGGACAGCUUGGCCAAGGAACGGGAAAACUGUCGCAAAAUACUGGCUGAGAAAGAGAAGGAAAUGGUAGACAUAAGAAAGCAGAUGCAGGAGCAGCUGAAUGACUAUGAACAACUUCUGGACGUUAAACUGGCACUCGAUAUGGAAAUCGAUGCAUACCGGAAAUUGCUGGAGGGUGAAGAGAAGAGGUUGAGACUUUCUCCAAACCCAUCUUCCCGAGUGACAGUUUCACGGGCUUCUUCAAGCCAUAAUGUGCAUACAACCAGAGGGAAGAGGAGGAAGAUUGAUGUGGAGGAAUCUGAAGCCAGCAGUAGUGUUAGCAUUUUCCACUCAGCUUCUUCCACUGGAAGUAUCUCUAUUGAGGAGAUAGACGUUGAUGGAAAAUUCAUUCGCUUGAAGAACACCUCGGACCAG